GUCAACUUCGCGUGACUCUACUCCAAAGUGCAGACAAUAAUGGCGGCCUCUUCUCCUUGAAAUCUCAAGUCUCUCAAUACAAACUUUCUAUAAAUAGUUGGACAGAUCAAAUCUCCAUUUCUUACAUUCAUAUCACCAUCAACUAUGGCUCGUCCUAACGUUCUCCUCCUCUCACUCCUCUUCUUCAUCGCCACCGUCUCUGUCGUUGCAUUGGCUGAUACAAGGUGCGUCUACACAAUUCGCGUCCAAACAGGAAAGAGAGAUAGCGCCGGCACAGAUUCGACCAUAAGCGUUUCGCUCUUAGACAAAUUCGGAAAACAGUUCGAAAUCAGUGACCUAGAGAAAUGGGGUGGGUUCGUGGGACCAAAACACGACUACUUCGAAAUCGGUGAUCUGGACGUUUUCUCUGGGGAUGGGCCGUGUCUUCCGAGCCCAGUAUGUUUAUUGCGUCUGUCCUCUGACGGCAAAGGAGCAGCGCCCGGCUGGUAUGUUGACUACGUAGAUGUCACGGUCCGCUUCAAAUCGGGAGGUAAGACCACGAAUCAUCUUUUCAAUGUGUACCAAUGGCUUGCGGACGAGCCGGGGUAUCGCCUACAUGCCGUAAGGGACAACUGCGGGAUCAGUAGGGAGAAAACUGUCGGUCCAGUGGUCUGGUCUGACAUCCCGAAGCGUCUCUCUUCAAUCGUAUAAAUCAAUGAGGGUGGUGGUGUCUUGGAGACUUGUUCUGUACUUCUCUAUCGUCUUGUGGACGUGUUAUGGCAGUAUUAUGUAAUUUCAAUUUGAAUAAACUCGUCUGUCUUGUGGACGUAUGAUGGUAAUAUUUGUAUUUUUCAGUUUAAAUAAACUCGUACGUCUUCUCGACGUAUGUAUGAUGGCAAUUAUGUAAAAGAUCCGAUCGAAUAUAAUUUUAUGUUUUCUUUUCUU